UAACCUGGGUAAAACUGUCAUUUGAUUCUGAACAUACGCUUUGAAUUUUAUCUUCGAAGUUUAUCCUCUUUAAUAAGCUGUCUUAAAUCCGGUGCACAAAAAAAAAGAUGUUUCAAUUUUUUCUCAUUUCGUAAAAAAAAGAAUCUUCUAAGAAAGUGAGGAAACGAAGAGAGAGAAACAAGCAAAUGGAUGUAACAACAACCGCCGAGGUGAUUUUUGAUCGGAACGAAGCGGUGGAGACGCCUCCAGAGGAUGAUUGUUGCCCGAUCUGUUUUAGCUCCUUCACGGUCCCCUGUCGAGGCAACUGUGGCCAUUGGUAUUGCGGAAGCUGCAUCUUGCAGUAUUGGAACUAUGCUGCAGUCUCUAAGCCUUGCAAGUGUCCUAUGUGUGUUCGACACAUCACCACGCUGUCACCGGAAGCAUCCUUGCAACAGCGGCAAGAGCAAGAGGUGAAGGAGGUUCUUGCUAAGAUCCGUAGGUAUAACCGUCUCUUUGUUGGAGGUUUAACUGGCUUUCUUCAGAAGCUGCAGGAGCUGCCUUUGCUGAUUAAGCGAUUGGUGUGGCACAUGAUGGAUCCAGAUACAAACACUUUGUAUUUUCAUGAAGUUCGCAUCUUUGCAAUGUUGAUGAGUACCCUUUACACUGCAGCAGAGUUUAGCUUCAUUCCAACGGGAGGGUUCAGAAUAGUGACGGUGUUCGACUACACUGCUAUUGCAAUGAUCUUGGUUCUUAAAAUUUUACCUGUUAGUCAUUUAAAAAUACAUGAAUACCUAUAUCUAGUUACAUUUAGCACUUAUUAGCACAAUCCAAAUUCUAAGAACUCUUCAUAUCUCCCAAAGAUUUAAAUAUAAUUAACUGUAAACGGUACUUUAUACAACACUUUGAAAUAUGAAUUUAUUUUUAAUAUUACUUAUAGCUUUUAGAUUUUUAAAAUAGUGAUCCCUACAAACUUAAUCUUUGGAGUAAUG